AUGUUACGCUGCUCAGCCGGUCUCCGCAGGGCCGGAGCCCCUGCCUUAUACCAACGCUCUAAGCUCUGUUCAACAUUUCCUUCUGCGCAUACCUUCACAAGAGCCGCAUCGACGGUGACAGAUUUGAGCAGCUUCCCGGAUAUUGGCGAAAAGCUCCAUGGCUUCACUGUCCAAGAGAAGAAACAUGUUCCGGAACUCCACCUCACAGCGGUGCGAUUAACCCACGACAAGACUGAUGCAGACUACUUGCAUGUGGCCAGAGAUGAUAAGAAUAAUGUGUUCGGAAUUGGUUUCAAGACAAACCCUCCGGAUGCUACAGGUGUGCCUCAUAUUCUAGAACAUACAACGCUAUGCGGUAGUGAAAAGUACCCCAUUCGCGACCCAUUCUUCAAGAUGCUUCCUCGAUCUCUCUCAAAUUUCAUGAACGCCUUUACCUCCUCAGACCACACUACCUACCCUUUCGCCACAACGAACGCCCAAGAUUUCCAAAAUCUCCUUUCCGUAUACCUUGACGCCACCCUUCAUCCAUUGCUCAAAGAGGAGGAUUUCCGACAAGAGGGAUGGCGACUGGGCCCCGAAGAUCCACAGGCUCUUCUGACGACACCAGAGAAGAAGGCUGAGCUGGAAGACAUCGUCUUCAAGGGAGUUGUAUACAACGAGAUGAAAGGACAAAUGUCGGAUGCCAACUACCUCUACUAUAUACAAUUCAAGGAAAGCAUCUUCCCAGCCAUGAACAACUCGGGAGGUGACCCAGAGUACAUUACGGAUCUCACCCACAAACAACUGUGGGAUUUCUCUAAGCGCAACUACCACCCUACCAAUGCCAAGAUUCUGACUUAUGGCGACAUGCCAUUGACCCGCCACUUGGAGCAGGUCGGUGCUGUCUUGGAUGGAUUUAAGAAGGGACAGGCGGACACUGACGUGAAGCUGCCUAUGGACCUGAGUAAUGGACCAGUGAAUGUGACGGUCCCUGGACCUAUCGACACAUUUUCCAGCGAGGACAAGCAGCACAAGACUUCUACCUCCUGGUACAUGGGCGAUUCUACUGAUAUUGUGGAAACCUUUUCCGUCGGACUUGUGUCUUCUCUCCUUCUUGAUGGCUAUGGGUCACCUAUGUACCGUGCUCUGGUUGAGAGUGGAAUUGGUUCUGGUUUCACUCCAAAUACGGGUAUCGAUCCUUCUGGCAAGAUUCCAAUUUUCUCGGUCGGUGUUACUGGUGUCAGUGAAUCCCAGGCUCCUUCAAUCAAGGAAACCAUUCAGAAUACCCUCCGAGAGUCCGUCUCGGCUGGAUUCAGUAAGGAGAAAGUCCAGGGCUUCCUUCACCAAAUGGAGCUUGCUCUACGUCACAAGACUGCCAACUUUGGUAUUGGAGUCAUACAGAAGACCAUCGCAUCCUGGUUCAACGGGUCUAACCCGAUGAAGGAACUGGCUUGGAACGAUGUGGUUGACGAGUUCAAGAGACGAUAUGAGAAGCCGGGCUACUUGGAGUCGUUGGUGGAGAAGUAUCUCCUCAACGACCGCUGCAUGACAUUCACAAUGGUCGGUACCCCGACAUUUAACACUGAUCUGGAUAAGAAGGAGGCUAUUCGCAAGGAUCAGAAAUUUGCUCAGCUCGUCGAAGAGCAUGGCUCGGCUGAGAAUGCCAUUGCUAAGCUCAGUGAAGAAGAGUUGCAAUUGCUGAAGGUCCAGGAAGAUGCACACAGUGCUGACCUCAGCUGCCUUCCUUCCUUGCGGGUGAAGGACAUCUCAAGGGAAAAGGAGCGGAAACCAGUGCGCGAGUCGAAAAUUGAUGACAUCGACCUGGUUUGGCGAGAGGCCCCUACCAACGGCCUGACCUAUUUCGAAGCCGUAAACGCGUUCGAAGAUUUGCCAGACGAUCUUCGCCUGUUGAUGCCGCUUUUCAACGACUGUAUCAUGCGAUUGGGUACAGCGAGCAGGUCAAUGGAACAGUGGGAGGACUUGAUCAAGCUAAAGACUGGAGGUAUCUCGACAUCGUCUUUCCUCGUGUCGUCCCCGACUCACCUGAAUGAGUUCAAGGAGGGCCUGAACUUUUCCGGAUUUGCUAUCGAUAAGAACAUCCCUGAAAUGCUGGAAAUGCUUUCUGCGCUUGUCUUGGAGACUGAUUUCUCGAGCCCCGCAGCACCGGGAAUGAUUCAAGAGCUCUUGCGACUGACCACAAAUGGUGCGCUAGACUCCGUUGCUGGAACUGGUCAUAGAUACGCGGUCAACGCUGCAACUGCAAAUCUCUCCCGGAGCUUCUGGGUCCAGGAACAACAGUCUGGACUGGAGCAAUUGCAAGCCACAGCAAAUCUCCUUCAAGACGCAGAGUCAUCUCCAGAGCGUCUCCAAGAAUUGAUUCAAAAACUGCGUCUGAUCCAGUCAUUUGCGCUCUCCAAGACCUCCAACCUCCGUGUUCGCAUGGUUUGCGAGGCGGAAAGUGCUGCUCGCAACGAGUCUGUUCUGCAGAAGUGGAUUGUUGGCCUACCACAAGUCCGUUCGCCAAGCGGCAUUUCCGGCACGUCCACCUUCAAGUCCGUUGAGAAGGCAUUCUACGAUCUUCCCUACAAGGUCUACUACUCCGGUAAGGCCAGUCAGACUGUUCCUUUCGUCGAUCCUUCCAGCGCACCGCUCACAGUGCUGUCCCAACUUCUCACUCACAACUACCUGCACCCUGAGAUCCGAGAAAAGGGCGGUGCAUAUGGCGCUGGUGCGAGCAAUGGACCCCUCAAGGGCGUAUUCACAUUCAUGAGUUAUCGGGAUCCCAACCCUCUCAACUCGAUGAAGGUGUUCCAGAAUAGUGGUGCCUUUGCCAGGGACCGCGCGUGGUCGGAGCGGGAAAUUGAGGAAGCGAAGCUCGGCAUCUUCCAAGGCCUUGAUGCGCCAGCGAGUGUUGAUGGGGAGGGCUCUCGUUAUUUCAUGAGCGGCGUCACCCAUGAGAUGGACCAGCGCUGGAGAGAGCAGGUCUUGGAUGUGACAGCCAAGGCUGUCAACGAGGUGGCUGACCGAUUCCUAGUGAACGGCUCCAAGUCAGCCAUCUGCGUGCUCGGAGAGAAGAAGGACUGGGCCGGGUCUGACUGGGAAGUGCGGAAGCUGUCUCUGGGUCAACAACCCGAGCCGAUUCCAUCCGAGUAA